CAAGAACGUACACCAGCCAGCAGGAAAUUAAAUAGUCAUCGACCAAUGGAGAAGCUGAAGAGCGAGCUAUGGAUGACAGCGGUGGCCACCUGCAUGUCGCUCUUGUUGUACCUCACCAUCCUGAGACGGCGCCACGCGAGCGGCGGCAGAUCACUAGCAUUGCCGCCGGGGCCAACGCCACUCCCGCUCAUCGGCAACCUACUCUGCCUUGGCGGCAUCUUCCACCAAACCCUCGCGAAACUGGCGCGCGUCCAUGGCCCUGUCAUGACGCUGAAGCUAGGCCUCACCACGGCCGUGGUCGUGUCGUCGGCCGAGGCCGCGAGGGAGGCCUACACGAAGCACGACCAGCGGCUCGCCGCGCGGCCGGUCCCGGACGCCUUCCGCGCGAACGGCUUCUCCGAGCGGUCCAUCGUGUUCUCGCCGAGCUCCGAUCCGCAGUGGAAGAACCUGCGGGGCAUCCACGCGACGCACAUCUUCUCCCCUAGAGCCCUCGCGGCGCUGCGCGGCAUCCGCGAGCGCAAGGUGCGGGAUAUCGUCGGCUACAUCCGCACGGUCGCCGGGGAGGAGAUGUGUGUCCGCGAGGUCGUGCACAACGGCGUGCUCAACCUCAUAUCCACCUCCUUCUUCUCCAUGGACAUGGCUGACGUGCGCUCGGAGUCGGCGCGCGGGCUACGCGGGCUGAUAGAGGACAUCAUCGCAACCGUCGCGGGCCCCAACGUGUCCGACUUUUUCCCUUUCCUCCGGCAGCUCGACCUGCAGGGCUUGCGUCGACAAACGGGCAGCCAUCUUGGCAUCGUUUUCGGGUUGUUGGACGACAUAAUCGAUCGCCGCAUGGCCGAAACCCGUGACCACCCUGACAAGCAGCGGCACGGCGACUUCCUGGACGCGCUCAUCAGCCUCGCCUCCGCCGGCAAGAUCCCACGCUACCACAUCACGUACCUUCUGUUCGACGUCUUUGCGGCUGGCGCCGACACGAUGACGACCACCGUGGAGUGGGCGAUGGCCGAGCUGCUUCGCAAUCCCCGCGUGAUGGCCAAGGUGCGGGCGGAGGUGACGGACGCGCUCGGCGGCAGGGAGAGCUUCGACGAGGGCGACGCGGCGAGCCUCACGUACCUCCAGUGCGUGUUCAAGGAGGCGAUGCGGCUGCACCCCGUGGGCUCGAUACUGGUCCCUCACCUGGCGGUGCAGGACGGCGUCGAGAUCGGUGGCUACGCCGUGCCCAAGGGCACCACGGUGAUCUUCAACGCGUGGGCGAUCAUGCGCGACCCGGCGGCGUGGGAGAGCCCCGACCAAUUCCUACCGGAGCGCUUCUUGCACAAGGAGGAGUCCUCAUCACCUCCGCUGGAAUUGCGAGGGAAAGACUACGAGUACAUCCCGUUCGGGUCCGGCAGGAGGUUGUGCCCCGGCCUGCCACUGGCAGAGCGCGCCGUGCCCUUCAUACUGGCGUCCCUGCUGCACGCGUUCGAGUGGCGGCUUCCGGACGGCAUGUCGCCUGAUGACAUGGACAUGACUGAGAAGUUUGCCACUGCUAACGUGCUUGCUACCCCUUUGAAGGCUGUGCCAGUCGCGUCACACACUAGUUAGGGUGUGGAGGAAAGUUUGGUUGAAAUUGGAACGAUAUGAUGAAAAAGUUGGAAGUUUGUGUGUGUAGGAAAGCAUUGAUGUGAUGAAAAAGUUGGAAGUUUGAAGAAAAAGUUUGAAACUAAACUCGGCCUUAUACUUAUAUAUGUGUGUGUGGGCGCGCGCGCGCACUACGACGUAGGAGGCCUCAUAAGUGCUCCAUGCCUCAUUGUUUCAGGCGUCUCCAUGGUUCCCACCUUUGUAUCCUUAAAAGUUAUAAGUUUAUACUUGGAAAUCAAUUGACACCAACUUUAUUUAA